AUGGCCUCUGUGGCCAAGCUGCAUGCGGAGGUUGGCCUCUCCCGGCGACGGCGGGUCUUAGCCAGCGUGGAGGGUGAGGGGGUAGGGCCGAGCAGCUUCGUCCAGUGUGAAGUGAAGGCCGAAGGCACCGCUGGCUGGGACGAGGCAGCUUGGGGGAUCGUUGAGAAGCUCUUGGAGAAGGAUGUCCGCAAGGGGCAGAUACUGUCCAUCGAUGCCCACAGCGACGGCGCUUCUCCGAUGAUGUCAGCACACUACGCCAAGGGCUUGCCGGAUGAUGGGCCUUUGAAGUUGGAUUUCUUUGGCCGGGCCGGCAUCACGGAUUCCUGGGCCCAGAUCUACCGCAAGGCAAGUGAGGACGCCAGAGGUAAGGAUGUCAUCUCCAUGACCGGGUCCUGUGAGGCCGGCGGCACUUCUGCCUUCUACGUCUUCUACAACGUGGAGUCCCCUGCGAACCAUACGAAGGUUGAGUACAUCGAGUGUCGAGCCGGCUCAUGGAAUGGUGCAGCCAAGGGUCUCAUCAAGAUGCUUUCUGAGGCGGGUGUCAAGGAUGGGCAGCUCAUCAACAUCGACGCCCACAACAACGGCCCCAACGAAGCGGCCAUGUUCUCAGCCUUCUUCUGCCGAGGGCGGCUUCCGAGGGGCGACCUGAAGCUGACGUACGCAAGCUUGAACAGCGCGGUGCCCUGGGAGGAGAUGUAUGGAGGGAUGGCCAAGUCAGUCGAAGUAGUUCAAAAGGACAACCUGGUAGGCAUCACGGGCUCCUGCAACAUGAACAAGCGGGUGAUGUAUGCCUUCUGGCAGAUCUCGGCACAGUCUGGUGCCGUGGAGUACCUGGAGUGCCGCGCGAACUCAUGGAAUGCUGCUGCCGAUGGGAUCAUCAAGAAGUUGAAAGAAGCCGGUGUUCGUCGGGGCCAGGUGCUGAAUAUCGACGCACACAACAAUGGCGAAGAUGAGAAGGCCAUCUUCUCCGCGCAUUACCUGAGAAGCCUGCAGGACCGUGGUGAGUUGGACAUCGGCUACGCUGCCGAAAAUAGCUCGAGUGGCUGGGACUACUUUUACAAGGCAGCCUCCGCGCACGCGGAAGGUAAGGAUGUGAUCUCCAUGACUGGAAGCAUCAAUACCUCCGACCGCUCGGUUUUCUAUGUCUUCUUCAACACAGGCAGUGAAGGAGAUGCCGGAGUCGACAAUGUGCAGUAUGUUGAGAGCCGAGCAGGUUCCUGGAACGCGGCAGCCGAGGGAAUCCUGAAGAAGCUCAAGGAAAACGGAGUACAGUCCGGCCAGAUCCUGAGCAUCGACGCCCACAACAAUGGCCGAAACCAGGCUGCCAUCUUCUCUGCGCAUUACUCGACGACGUUGCCGGCAUUUGGAAAACCCAGGCUCAGGUACAGGUGCCAGAACACGACUGCGAGUUGGGACCACCAGUACACCACGGCUUCCUGGCAGAUGGCGAGCGUCCGCAAAGCUCCAGACCAGUUCGUGAGCCUCACUGCCUGUUGCAAUGCCGGUGGUCGAUCGGUGACCUACCUCUUCACAGACCAUUCGGUUUCAAGUGGCUGUCGAAAUCCGGAUAGCCUUGAAGAUACGGAGUGGUUUGAGCAUCGAGCCAGCUCUUGGAAUGCUGCCGCCGAUGGUAUCAUAGCCAAGUUGUUGGAGGAAGAUGUGUGCAAGGGCCAAGUCUUGAGCAUCGACGCGCACAACAAUGGGGAGAACACUGCUGCAAUCUUCUCUGCGCAUGUUUGCCGAAACUUGCCCAGCAAAGGUACCCUGAACAUUGGCUACGAAGCCCAGAACAGCGGCAAGUCGUUCACGGAGUUCUACAAACAAGCCAGCGCGGAUGCUAAUGGCAAGGAUGUGAUUUCCAUGACGGGCAGCUGCAACACCCACGACAGGGCAGUUUUUUACAUCUUCUUCAACAAGGACAGCCACUCUGAUUUGGAGGAGGUGGAGUUUGUGGAGGCAAGCCAUCGGACUUGGUCGGGUGCUGCCCAGGGCAUCGUGAAAGCUUUGGAGGAGCAAGGCGUCCAGUCCGGGCAGAUCCUGGGCAUCAAUGCCAUGGUUGAGAAAGCGUACCUGGGCACCCCCACGUUCUCUGCGCACUACAGCAAGAAGCUGCCUGCAAAAGGCAAGCUGCGGCUGCGCUGGGCGGAUCUCAAUUCGCAGGCGCCGUGGGCCCAUUUCUAUGAUAACGCUAUCGACACCUGCAAUGGCCUAGGCAGGAAGCAGUUCCUGUCCUGCACGGCCUCAGCCAGCUCGCCGGAUUCUUCUGUCAUGUACGUGUGGUACCAAGACUCCAAGUCUGGUAGCUACGAGAGCGAUCUCCCCCUGAAGAGCUGGAGCCUUGAAGGUGUUUGGCAGCUGCAGGCCAAGUCUGGCAAGACCGUUUUCGUCGACCUCAACUCCCUGACGGAUGUUACGCUGCUGGGAGAGGGCGUCCGUGGCUCGUGGUCCGACUGCAGCAGCGACUUCUCCACAAGCCACCCUAGGUUUUCGGCGAAGUGGAGCGUGACUUCGGAGGGAGCGGCCGCGCGCGCCGGCGAGGUGCAAGGCUGGUUCGAUGGCCCCAAGCGAUUCUCCUACGCCUCGACACCUGCGAUGACGGAUGAGAGCUCCGUCGGUGCAGGUUUCGCCUUGAAGCUCUUGAACCCGGCGAGCGUGGACGAGAAGUGCGCGAGGACAAUCGACCUGGAGGAGUUGCAGCAGGAAGGCCCAGCCUCCAUGCCCGAGGACCCCAGCAGCUGGGCCAUCUCGCUGAGGCAGCUUCAGCAUCUCAGGGCCAGGAUGCGCCAGGAGGGCUUCUUCGAAGGCCGGCAGCGAUUUGUGUAUUUCGACCCUGGCGCCAUGGACUUUGAGGUGGACGACGCCGUGGUCAGCAAAGUGGGAGACAAGGCAAAGGCGCUCGGCGUGGAGGUUGGUUGGAGGGCAUAUGGCAUUGACUUCAGCCUCUUCUGCCAGGAAGCACUGAGUGAGCGCAGUGUGGAUGGUAAGGCACAUUGGGUCAUCUUCCGCGACACUGCCGGGACCUUCGAUCCUGACAUGUACCAGGUCAACUUGUCCUAUGUCAAGCCGCUGACCCGUGGCCUCGACAUCAGCCUGGCACUGCUGUACAACCGCAGGGAAGGAGGGCGCAAGGCCACGGUCUUCAUCUCCCACGCCUGGGCUGAGAGUUUCCUGUACUUCCUUGCCGUGCUUGAAACGGGCAUCGGCAUGCAGCAGCCGCUGUCCCUGGACGAUUACGCCUGGAUCUGCACCUUUGGCGUCAACCAGAAUAUGACGGCGGAGGACAUCUCGGGGGCGAUUGCCAGUCCUUCUGACAGUCCUUUUGCUCGCGUGCUGCAAUCCGUCAGCGAGGUCGCUGUCAUUUUCAAUGACCGCAUCAACCUGUACUCGCGUGUCUGGUGUGUGUAUGAGGCGUUCGUAGCGCUGGAGCAAGGAAAGCUGGUCCGUUGUCUAGGCUUGCCAACCAAAUGGAGGGACGCAGUUCAGGAGAUCUUGGUGCACCCCGAGCACGAGUGGGUCAAGGGGAUUGACAACUUCUGCGAGAGACACAAGAUGAACGUGCUGGACGCAACAGCCAGCGUGGUUGAAGAUAAGAUUGCAAUCCUCCAAGCACUGCAGGGCCAAGAGGAGCAGGUCAACGACAGGACGAACUGCUUACAGGAAUGGGCGCUGAAGGAUAUCAUUGUGGGUCAAUUCAGUGGCCUCAUGGAGAAGGCAGCGACAUCUGGCACGAACGAGCCCGAGCUGCUUGCCCCGUGA